CCUGCUCGCCGUCCGGUCUGUGGUCGCUCAUCCAAACAUCUCUCCUUGAGGAGGAGCCUUCUGUGUUUUGGAAGCGGGUCGGGAUAUAACUCUGACAAGACAUUCAAAUAUUUUGUUUAAGGAAUACAUUUCAUGGAAAAGAGUUGUUUUCAUUUUCUGCAGGAAUAACAUGAAAUGCAAAUUUAUCCCUGUGCUUUUGGAGAGAAUAAACCGAUGAAAUGGCAUGUUCACUGAUUCACAUCAGUCUUGCUGUAGGUAUUUUAGUGAUUUUGAUGCAGUUUCGUACUGGAAAAGCUGAGCCUUAUUUUGAGGAAGACACGAGGUCUUGUCAAGGUGCUUUCGACUUAUAUUUUGUCCUCGACAAGUCAGGAAGCGUCAAAAACCACUGGAUUGAAAUUUACUCCUUUGUGGAGCAUCUUGCAGAGAAAUUUAUAAGCCCAAUGUUACGGAUGUCCUUCAUUGUGUUCUCAACUCAUGGAACAACAGUUAUGAAACUCACAGAGAACAGAAAUGAAAUUACGACAGGCUUAAAUAUUUUGAAGAGAGAAAUACCAGGAGGUGAUACAUAUAUGAAUCUUGGAUUGAAACAGGCAAAUGAGCAGAUAUAUCACGGAAAUUAUGGGACAGCCAGUGUGAUCAUAGCACUGACGGACGGGGAGUUAAAUGACUAUCAGUUUGUCACAGCACAGCAAGAGGCGCAGAGAGCUCGGUCUUUGGGAGCUAUCAUAUACUGUGUGGGUGUAAAAGACUUCAACCAGACACAGCUGGCCACAAUUGCAGACACCAUAGAGCAUGUGUUCCCUGUAAUUGGAGGAUUCCAAGCCCUUGAAGGAAUGAUAGACUCUAUCAUCAAGAAAUCCUGCAUUGAGAUUUUAGCAGCCGAGCCGUCCAGUGUAUGCGCUGGAGACUCUUUCCAAGUGGUUGUGAGGGGAAAUGGAUUUUUGCAUGCCAGAAACAUCAAUCAGGUCCUGUGCAGCUUCAGACUGAAUGACACAGCUACACUGAAUGAAAGACCUGUCAGUGUUGAAGAUACAAUCCUUCUUUGCCCUGCACCAAUCAUAAAUGAGGCUGGAAAGGUGAUAUAUCUGCAGGUUAGCAUGAAUGAGGGUCUGUCCUACAUCACAAGCUCAGUGCACAUCACCACUACUGAAUGUUAUGAUGGAACCAUCCUGCUUAUCUCGUUACUGGCUGUUUUCCUAUUGCUGGGUCUGGUGCUGAUGUGGUGGUUCUGGCCUCUGUGCUGUACAGUGGUCAUCAAGGAAGUGCCUCCACCCCCUCCCCCUGAGCCUGAAUCCGAUGAUGAAGAUGGUAUGCCCAAAAAGAAAUGGCCUACAGUAGAUGCAUCCUACUAUGGAGGAAGAGGAGUCGGUGGAAUCAAAAGAAUGGAGGUGCGUUGGGGGAACAAGGGCUCCACGGAGGAAGGAGCUAAACUGGAGAAGCCAAAGAAUGCUGUAGUGAAAAUGCCUGAAGAUGAAUAUGAGCCUUAUGAACCUAAACUCAGGAAUUUGUAUGGGCGCAGACCUGCCCAUCAUAGAAAGUGGUACAGUCCUAUUCAGGGGAAACUGGAUGCUUUGUGGGCCCUUUUCCGUCGAGGAUACGACCAGGUGUCACUCAUGAGACCUCAGCCCGGAGAUCAGGGGCGAUGCAUCAAUUUUACCCGGGUGAAAGCAGAGGAGCCAAGGUCACCACCACGCAGCAACUGUCCACUUCCACCUCCACCGCCCCCUCCAGACCAUCAGCCACUCAUGCGACCUCCGCCUAAAAGACCACCAUCCCGGGGACCCUCCAUCAACCGCUCACCCCCAGGACCUCCACCAGCCCGGACACCCCCAGGUCCCCGCGGACCCCCUCCUUCACGACCCCCACCCUGCCCUGGGAACAGGCAUUGAGAACAAUGGAGGGCCUUCACAGAUAACCUAAAAGUUCAGUCUUAAUUCAAAUUUGUGAUAUUUGCCAAAGUCACUGGUUUCCCACAGUUUCAGAUUGAUGAGUUUGUUUAUUUGGAGUGAAUGAAAUGUGAUUUGUUCUUAUUAUAAAUACAGGCAAUGAAAGAGGGACUGCAGUAAUGCAUGAAAUUAUUACACGUGCAGAUGAAUGAUUUUUAAGGUACUUAAGAGCUUUGAAUGUUGACUCUGGGUAUUUGUAUAUCAGAUUUUGCAUGAUGUUAAUGUUUCAGUUGGUUAGAGCUACAUAAGUAUGAUAUACAGUAUGCCCUGUUUUAAUUUGUAUCUUAUUAUUAAUUGGUCACAUCUUUAAAAGGAAACUCAGAUGUGCUGUGACUGCAGGGCAGUACAAACCACUAAUUUAUUAAGCCUUGGGUUCCUGGUAGGCACUUGAAUAUAAAAUGACAGGGUGUCCAUCACUGAUACAGGACACUCAGCAUGAUAUUUUAUGUAAUAUAUUUUGUGUUUUACUUUAUGGAUCAUGAAAAUUAAUAGUAGUCCUACACAGCAAGAAAACAUUAAUGUUAUAAAUAUUAUGUUCAUUAUGUUAUGUUCAAAUUUUAUAAAACCCCAUGUUUAUAUAGUUUUUCUAGGACAUAUUGUAGUGCCCUAGUGUGAAAGUAACACAACUGCUUAUAUGAUAUGAAUCUACUUGGAAAAACAACAUCCAUACUAAUGCUUAGCCAAAUUCCAUAGAGAUAAUGACUUAUAAUCUAGGAGGUGCAUGUUUUAGCUUCAUUUCCUGCCUCCUUUUAUCUCCACUCAUGCCUCACAGUUAACCUCAUUCUGCUCUGAAUAAGGAUUUAAAACUCAGCAGGAGCUUGAUUCACAUCAUGUAAAGUGACAUGAUUCAUAUGGUCUGAUGACUGCAGCUCCUUUGGCUGGGUGCACUGAACACUCAUGAGAAACAUCAGUGUGUUUACUGGCUACAAAACCUGGAGCCCUGUGGCAGCACUGGGGAUGUUCCCAUUACAGGCUCUGACAGCCACACAUUAGAACUAAUAUCCCUCUGCCUGCUGUGCUGCGACAGCUUGAUUGCUUUUGUAUCAAAGGAGAGUCAUUCAGUGACCACAUUUACACCUGCAUGUGUUAAAUAGAGUCAAUAUUUCUGAUAUCAGAUUCAAACUUAAGACUUUAGUAUGCAACUGAAUGCAGCUCUUAACCCUCCUGUGAUGUCAGAGGGUUAAGAUCUAAUAUAUAUAUAUAAUUAAAUUUUUUUUAAAAUGCAUGUGCACAUUUUGACUCAACUGAUGUCGUCUGGGGUCAUUUUGACCCCAUCACUUUUUUUGGUGAAAAGAUUAAACAUUAUAUGCAGAAAAAUUUUCUGCUGUGUUUUACCUUUUCCCGACGAAUCUCUCUUGUGAGAGACUCUAUUGCCUCUCAUGAUUAAAUAUCUAAUAUGUAAAUAUGAUUUAUGCCUUGGCAUUAUUUUACAUUUUACAAUUACUACUUUCAUACAAUAAUGUGUUUACAAACACUGUACACACAUUUUUACAAGUUAAAUAAGUUAGUUUUUUUCCUAAAUAUUUAUUUUAAAUAUCUGUUAGGUAGAGUGUAAGUAAAUAAAAACAAAUUAUAUUGUAAGUUGGAGUAAUUUAUGAUAUAUAUUUUAAAAUUUGGGGUCAAUCUGACCCCACAAAUUAAAAACAUGGUUUAAAUUUGCACAUAACAGAGCUUUAGAGUGAAUUUCAUCUCAUUGACGUCUCACUUUGCUGUGAAGUGAAACAGUGCCCUCUGUUGGCCAAAAUUAAUGCAGUACAUCAGACAGGAUUCAGUCUUCAAUUUAAUAAUUGAUUGAGGAUCUGGCAUUUUAAUAGCAAUUAACUGCAACCAGGGUAUUUUUCAUUGUGAUGAAAAUACGACAUCCAUCCAUAACAGCCUUAAAUUAUACGUAAAAGUUUCUUUAGAAAAUGAAUUUGGCUGAACAUAUGCAAAUCACCAAACUAUUAAUCUCUAUUAUCUAUAUAAACUUAGCAGACUGAUGUCCUUUUAUGACUAAAAUGUGAGUGAAAAAAAGAGGUUCAAACAUACGAACAAAGUCCUGUGAGAAUUUCCAUUUUUCAGUCAAGCUUUUUUUUUUUUUUUUUUUUUUUGCAAAAGCUCAAUGACAA